ACAUACGCGCCAAAAACAAUACACUAGGAAAAAAAAGAAAAAUGGCACGAAAAUAAGAUGAUGACACCGGAUCUUAUAGUAUCACGCUGACGCAUUGAUAUGCUGCAGUUCAUCUAGGCCAACAACUUUUAUUCUUCAAACUUCAUGACCUAGACUAAACAAACGAGUCGUUACUGAUAUAUAAAAUGCAUCACACACACAUAAAAAAAGGUAAAAGCCAAUAUUAGCCUACGUUUAAAACUGGUUUACUUUCUAUUAUCGUGGUUAGGAAUAUCGAAAAUAUAAAUAGUAUAUGUAGUUUGACUGCGACUCCUCUUGUUAAACUGUUGUUUUGGCGCCAAACGCCUAUUGUUUGUUCGUUGCGUCGCUCCUCGUCGCAGUGAGGCAAACGCUCUCCAGACGUACAGCCAGCAAGCAACCAAAGCCAGUUCGCCAACAGCGCGGCUACUGUGCGCACGUGUUUACCUGUUAUAAACAACUUCUAAAGAAAUCUUAUCGAACUGUGUAAACAUUGUCACUGAAUCAAGAGUUUUAUGAAGUUAUUUUUAAAAUUCAUUAUGAAAUAACACAAAACGAAUCGUACAUUUGAAGUUAAAAAGUAUUGUGUGGGGCGUGCUGUUUUUGAUAAAAUAUCCGUCCGUUCCGUCAAUGGUCGAAUCGAUUUUACGAAGAGUCGUGCCGCAGUAUCGAGGAACUUGAAGGCUUGUUUGGAUUGUGUUAAUGUGAGAAACGAUUUCAAGAAUCGAUGUGGAUGUGUGAAGUGAAAUUUAGUUUUUAAUCGACUGACCAGUUUUAAUGAUUGUGGUAUCAUCGUAUGGUAGUUUAUUUAUAAUACUCCGUCCGUAUCCCACGCCUCUACUAAAAUAAAACUCUGUUUUAAGUAUUAUAAGAUCAUGUAAUGUGUUCAUCGUCCUAUAACAAAUCUUUCGCUCCGGCUGUAAGCUGGAAGCCCUAUAUUUUCUAUUUAUUUCGAGUGCGUAUAAAUCGACCUCGAAUAGGAUUUGACGCAACCAGUUAUAGUUUAUUUUAAUUCAAAAUGAUGUGGCCUUCGUCGCAAGCCAGUAAAAUUCUAACCUUUCUUCUGUUUAUUACUAUCCUAUAUUGCAUUUGUAUGGAUACAUUCUUAUUUUUAAGGAUACAGAAUUAUAAAAUAGAUAUUUACGAUGUUCCCGAAAAUGCAACUCAAGAGACGUCAACACAGAAGUAUACACAGUUAGAGAAUUACGAAGAUGUGACGUGGGUGCCUUGCCGCAUUAAUCCGUUAUGUCAUCCCACGGUCAAAGCUUUGAUGGUGGAUCAUAUCAACCAUUACAUUUACGGCCCUUUAUGUGCUAUAGUUGAUAUAGGAUUAGGUAUAUCAGAAACUAUGCUAUUUAUAACACCUAAUAUAAUUUCCUUCUUCCAUGUUUUUGUUGCUUGUGUUGGAGCUAAGCUUAUAACAUGUCAGAAUUUAGCUGUACGUCGUUUGGCGGUGGUUCUAUUUCAAUUAAGAAUGUUUUUGGAUGAUUUAGAUGGGCAUGUUGCUAGAGAAAGAAAGCAUAUAAAGGGCGAGAGGUCCGAAGUGGGCACACUGGGUUACUGGGUUGAUGGAAUUUGCGAUUUAUUGGGUGUUAUAGCUAUGAUGGUCGGUAUAUUACUUUAUUUGAAAAAUAAUCCACCAAGACGUGGGUACAAAGGUACCCCAGUAAGUACUUUACCAUACCAUCAGUUGAAAGAGAUAAAUACAUCUGAAGAUAUAGAAAAAGAGCAUACCACAGAAGUUGGUAUUUCUUAUAAGACUAAAGUAAGCUUCCAAAGGAUAGUUCAAGUUUUGGGAUUGUUUUCUGGACAGAUGAUGCUAUCUUCGAUCGCUUGGAACCGUUAUAUAGACGUAUACCAAGAUUUGCUUGAGAAUUGUACGGAAUACGACGUAUUCAGAAGAGCGACCAUGUUCAAAUCUGGUCUAUUCUUCUUCGCGACCGCUCUAUGGAGGAUUGUGAACCCACACAGUUACCUUCAUCUUCUUUCCCUUGCUGUAUUCUGUGAUAAAACAUGGGGUUUCCUUAAAACUGUACAUUAUAGUGGGUAUAUCUGUCUGGUUAUAGCUGUGGCCACAUCAGAAUAUUUGGUGGAGAAUAUCAGAUCGUAUGUUGUAAGUUAGGGCACACGGCCGUGAACCGUAAAGUUAUUGGCACACUGGUGUUUAUGUAUUGAUUGUGUUCGUACCAAAUGUAAAAUCCUCUUUAUAGUCUACAAUUUUAAAAUAUAUUCGAAGCUUUUGAUAAGGAAUAAAACACAUGAUAUCGGGUGGCGUGGUUUCGUUGACUUUGACCUUGGAUAGUACUACGAAUGCGUUCGAUAUCGUUCGAAACGAAGCGGUUUUUUAAACGGUAUAUCCGAAUUAUUUUGUUGCAAUUAGGGUACGGACUAUUCAAGGGGAAUUCCCUUGUUGUCUAUCAUUGUUGUUUUUAGCCUCGUGUGGUCACUAUCACUUCCAGAUAAUUUCCGGGAUGUAUCUUUAUAUCUAAAUAAUAAAAUAGUUGUAUUAUACUGAUACUAUUAACAAUGUUGUUUUAACAAGACUUUUAAGAUAUAAAGGCUUUAUUUUUU